CGGAUGUCAUCACCAGAAAUGUCCCAAGUCUGUCUGUGGAUGACAGAAAAAAAUUCAGGUCCAUUCUUCAUGGUAUGCAAUUAAAGACACCACUGUAUCAUGACAUUUUAUCACAAGAUCUUCCAGGAGCAACUGACAGAGAUGCUGAUGAAUUGUUGCAGAUGAUUGAGGACAUCCAGAACCAAAGGCAGCCUCCAGCUCAGGGGAUUGAGACCAGGAUGUGCAUACAUUCCAAGGCAGUGUCUGAUGGUCAGGUGCACUACUACUGCCAGAAGAGCUCCUUGCUGAAUGCCACAUCAUCUUCCCAGCCACUGGAUGAUGAGCAGCACGUGAGUCACCCCCUGUCUGUCCUGCAGGCAAGUGGUCACUGGCAACUGAGUGAAGAAUCAAUAGGCCUCGUAGACCUUCAAAGAGCUUUCAUGAGGCACUUUAGCCUGCUUGCCAAGAAAGACAGGAAGAGAGUGAAAGGCAUCUCACUAAGGUCUCUGAGCAAAACUACAUCCCAAAAAAAGAAGGCCGUCCAACGUACCCAAGAGAGAGCGCAGAAAACAUCAGAGGUUGCAGCUGUCACUAUAUCUCAGGACCUUGAUCAGGAGACUCAAAGAGAAGGACUGCAUGAUUUUACUGAGUGUGAGGAGAAUCUUACACAACCUUCACCAUCUAAGGAUUCUGCAAACCAUUAUAUUUUGAAUGAAGAGACUGGAUUGUCACCAAGAUCUCUAAGAAACAUUUUUUAUGCAUCUUCUGAAAAUUUUCUCACCAGCACUCAGACCAGAGAUGAGAGUUGCGGAGACCAAAAGAAACUUGUAGAGAAUCCUGAAUUGAAUGGCACUAGCAUUAUAUGUCAGGAAACUAAUAACAAAUUUGCCUCAUCAUCUGGUGCUACAAAAACUAAAGAUGGUCAUUGUUCUCAGAGCAAAAUAAAAAAAUGCAAAAGCCUUCCCAGUGUGACAUCAAAAAGGAAAUAUUUUGGUGAUCAUACUGAAUCUAACGAUAGAGGAGAUGGAAAACAGGAUUCCACUGAAAAAAAGAAGGAUUCUGAAAGUAUGUCUGUAAAAGCUAAAUCAAGAACACGAAAGAAAAGGAAGCUUCCUCAGAGAAAACAAUCAGUGCCCCAACCUGCUGCUCUACCCAUGAGAAUCAGAUUAAGCAAUAGGAAAUUAUAUCAGUCAUAUAGCAAAGGCACCACAACAGUGAGCAACAAAACAGUGGUGGAUGCAGAUCAAAAUUGCUUGCCAGAAGAAGACACCAGCACCAUCUCUUGCUUGACACAUAGACUUGGCAGUGACAGAAGUGUUGGUGACAAUAGACAGCCUGUUGAUUAUCAAGAGGAAAGAGCCCAUGAAGUCCAAGGAGUAGAAGAUGGUUUUCUACAGCAAGAGGAGGAAGAGGAACAUGGUAGUUUGGUUGAAGUAGAGAGCACUUGUGUAGAAAAUCCAGAAAAGAAAAAACUGCUCUUUGAUGAAUCACUAAGCAUAAAUACUAAAGUGGCAAGGCAUGAUGUGAAUGUUACUUUGGAGACAAGUGUGAGAAAUACUAAAGACAGAAGUAAAUGUUCUAUUGCUUCCUCAGACUCUGCACAAAAUGUACCUGACACCAGAACUUCCUUUCAUAUUUGUGAACUAAAAAGUGACAAACCAGAAUGUAGUGCAAGUGGUGAAGAUAAAGAAAAAAAAAAUGAAAAAGACAUCAGUUCAAGAAGUGAUGAAGAUAGUGCUUCCUCCCCAGAUCAGCCUGCACCAUUGAGUCAGUGUGGCCAAGGAUUCUUUUUAACACAAGAGAGGGAAUCUGGUGAGCUUUUGCUGUCACCAGACAGCAAAGAGUCUGAAAGUCAGAAACCAGAACAUUGGAAUUUAAAAGAUAUUAGCCUGGCUGAGUUGGAAAAACUGAAUAUGGAAGAUCUGGAGCAUUUUCUGUUCAGGGAACUGGCAGAGGAACAUUACAGUGAGUCCAUUAGAAAUGAAGAAAAUUCCUCAGGAAUGCAUAACUGGCACUCAAGCAAAACUACAGAUGGGUUAUGGGAAUCUGUGUCAAUGCACCGAAGCCCUAUAGAGGGUUCCAGUGUCGCCACUUGUGUCGCUGAAGAGGAAACAUUGCUCGAAGGUGAAGAUUGGGUGCAGGUUCAGAGGAAACUAAAUGAACCACAACAAGAAUCUCCAUGUGAAGAAAUAUGUGAUUCACAAAUAGAUGUACAAAAUUUUGAGAAAUCUUUAGGUUUAGAACAUAAAUUCCCUCAAAAAUCAUUAGAUAAGAUUAAAUCUGCACCAUUUCAUUCAAAAAGAAUAAAGAGCAAUUUUAAAGUCCCAGUAAUGGAUUGUAUUAAAGAUUUACCUUGCCAUUUUGAAAAUAGACAGUCUAAGGCAGAAACGUCAUCACAAAGAGACAUCACACUAGUACCCAAAGCCAAGGAUCCCACACUGACAACCAGCAAGCACCAUUUCAAGAGUAAAAGUAAAAGACAAGAAUCCUUAAUGAGAUGGACAGAAGGUCUCCCUCUUGACACUGAAAAGUUACUGGCUGGCUUACAAAAAUCACUUCAUAAAGACAACACAUUGCAGAUGGACAAGAUAGCCUUAAAUACCAUCCGAUCUGUGGAUAAAGAAAAUAAGGAAGACCGAAGUGUGACAAGUCCACCAUGUAUGAAUAUUUUAAUGUACAAUAGUGAACAAGGGGAAGAGACUCAUGGGAAAUCACCUCAUUCAAAAAACAAAAUUGAUCCGGGGAAUGAAGCUCCAUCAAGGAAACGUACAAGAGCUGACAGGACAUCAGCUACAGAAUCAAACACUGGCAUUACUGUUGAGGAACAGAAAUCAUACAGCAAAAAAGAGGCUAACAGAAUUGAGAAAAUAAAAAGGAAACCUAAGAAGAAAAAGAAAAGUUUAGAUGAAAGUCCAGGUCACUGUAAGGUAACAGAAUCAAGUCCUGCUACACCUCAAAAGAAAAAGGUCAGAGAUAGUAAAUGUGAAAAAGGCGAGAGAGACCUUAGGAAAGAGAAAAAGAAAAGAAAUACAGAACAAGAGGAGAGUGAGAAAGGGAGUUGUGGCAUGAACCAAAGAAACAGUAUCAGGCAUGAAGAGUAUGAAAAAAAAAACAGUUAUCUUAGUGUGAGUGUGGAAGAUUUAGAUUUCAAAGCAACCAAGCAUGAGAAAGACAGUCCAGAUAAGGUAGGAAGAGACUUGACUGUGAUGAUCUCAGAACACAGAUGCACUGACUCAGACAAACAGGAGUUAGCUCAGCACAGUGGCAGAACUAGCAAGAGACAGAAGGUGGAAAGCAGCAGACUCAGCAGUGAGUGUAGCACGUCAGAUCAGAACUUAAGCAUCACCAUCUGCAACCAAAUACGGAGGCCCAUCAACAUCCGAAUCACUCUGUGCUGCAGCCCCAAGAGUGAUGGCAAUGCCUCCACGGACCAGCAUUCUGUGACUGGAGGUGGAGGUGGCCGGGAUGACUCUGAUGAGCAGAGGCAAAGCAUGGAGUCACCAAAGGUCUCCAUCCCACACAGGAGUCCACCAAGUGCAAGAAAACGAAAGUGCUUUGAGAAUGAUUCAUCAUAAAGCAACUGAAUUAUCACGCUAGGCACUGCUGGGCAUCUCAGCCUCCACUUGCAUCGCUGUCCUGCUGUGCCAGCAGCCACCUGCUGCCCACUUGCAGUGGUAACUAUGUUGCCUUGCAUUACUUAUCAACUUUGGAGGUGUUUUUUGUUAUUGGUACUCCUCAGUUUGAUUACCAUUUUUAUUUUUUUAAUCAAUGACGUGUUUUUUUUUAGGUUUCAUGUUCUCAGAUCUUCCAAAGCAUUAGAAAUUCUGUUCUCCACAAGUGCAGCAAAAUUCAGCUUCAUCAAUUAUAGUUUUGUGAUUUUAACUUUUUUCCCUUGAGAGUUUUUUGUUUGGUGAGUUUUAGUGGUUCACGAAGCAUUGGGAGGAGGCAGGGAUGUGCCUCCAACUUUGUGAUGCUUCUGUGUGCCAAGGUGUUCUCACAUCAACCUCAGGGAUUAUUAUAACCUGAGUGUUGAAGAGGGAUGAGUCAGGGAUGUGUAAUAGUGCUUCAGCCAUUAUGUCAAAGUUCUGCAAAUAUUUAUUUACUUUUGAAGAGAUGUAACGGUGAAGAAAGGAUUUGUGUUUUGGUAGAGGUGACCAAGUGUGAUACCUUCAGAUGGUGCGGCUGCGUGGAGGGAAGAAGAAGGGAAGUGAUGGGGAGGAGAAAGGUGGACUGGAUACUGCAUCCAUAAGAUCCUGUAUUGGAUGUGGCUUAUGUUUUGAAAUAUCUGGUAUA